UUUGUUAACAAAACGCAAAAUCACCAAUCACUUUUUAAUCUGCGACAUCUGUCAGUCAAAUCUCAAUGGCGGACGUUGAUCACAGCAACAAAACAUUUUAGCACGUUUAUUAAAAUUUGUCGACACAACCAGCGAGCUACAUGCGAAAUAUUGCACUAUUGUAAAACAGAAGUUCAAAAAUGUCCACUGUCGUGUCGGACUGCUUCACAAUCGGGAGUAUUGUGGCCACCAGAACGUGUUACAACGAAGAAAUUGAAGGCGAGGUUUUAGCAUUUGAUCCUCAGACGAAGAUGCUGAUACUGAAAUGUCCAUCUUCCAGCGGCAACCCGAAGCGCCACGAUGUCAACAUUGUCAACUUAUCUCUCGUCAGCGACGUCCAAAUCAAGAAAGAAGUGACGACAGUCCCGGAGCCUCCCCAGAGUCUCAAUCUCCAUAGACUAAACACUAGGGUUAGAAAUUCUAUUGAGAAUAAGAAAAGAUUAGUGACAGCGCUAGCGGCCUGCCUGGACCCGGAAGGCCAGAAGUUGUUCCUGGCCAUCACGAGGGUGAUCGACGACGUCACAUGGGUCGGACAGAAUAUUCGCAUCUAUAAUGAAGUCACAAUCACACCACCUUACAAGGUAGAAAAUGUCAUAGGAGAUCUUGAUUCGAAACCAUAUAAUUACAUAAAAAAGGUUGUGGAGAAACAUUGGCGCGACCAAAGAGAGCAUUCGGCCAACUGCAGUCAACACCAAUAAGCGGACAGACAGACAGACAGACAGGCGCAAGAUUUAACUGAAACUAUUUGAAGGCGAGAAUCUUCAUACUAAGGAAGAUUUGUCAUUAUAUUAUGUUACUUACUUUACUUUUUUUUAAAGUUCCGUUUUUUUUUUUAAAUUCACGCAGAUUAUAAAUUUUAAUGUGUCAAAUAUAAGGCUACGAAGGGGAGAUUCUUCUUAUAGAUGAUGGGCUAACAACCUGUCACUGUUUAAUCUGAAUUCCACCGAGCACGCCGCACAAUUGGCAGUGGCGUUCUGAGUUCCGCUCCUCGGUCUAUUCUGUCACGUAGUGGGUGAAGACAUGAUUUUGCAUCUGUCUUUUGUUGGCAUUUUUAAAAUAACAGCCUUCAUGAAUUGACCCUUAAAAUAAUUUCAGUUGAAAUUUACGCCUCAUAACAAUAUGCAUGAAAAGGUACCUCAUAUAGAAUGCACUCGGGCAGAAAAUCAUUUAAAAUGUUUGGUACCUUUUUAAUACAAUUGUUUUUAAAAUCGAAUAUAUUCACAAUUAUAUAUUUUUAUUUCUUUACGUACGUAUCAUUUGACUUCACUCGUUCGCAUAACAGAUUUUUUAUCAUUCACAUAUCAGAUAAUUUACAUAAAUGAAUAUUACGCAAAGAAGACUGCACCAAUGUCGGAGCACUUGCAAGAACUUUUUGAUACAAAAUGUAAUGGUAUCUCUUUCAUUAUGAGUAAUAUACAUAUUAUAGCUUAUACUAGCAGCCCGUCCCGGCUUCGCUCGGGUGAAAGGCCUACACCCAAACCUUCCUCAGCACUUAGAUUAUCUAUUGGUGAAAACCGCAAGAAAAUCUGUGCAGUAGUUUUUGAGGCAGACAUGACGCGGCAGAGGACUCAUGUAAUUAUAUCAAACAGUUGUACCUUUCACCGCGCCAGGAGAGAUCGGAUCAGACGAAAGAGAUAGCAAUAUACGUACUUUUGCAUCGAAAGCAGUUCUCAGCAGUGCGGUACCAACAUCACCCGUUGCCAUGUUAAUAUCAAUUGUAGUCGUGGAACUGUCAAUGUCAAAAUUAGCUGUUGCUGCUCUCUUGCGUGAUAACGCCGCAAAAAUAAAAACUCCCUAUAGGUACAGUAAACAGCGUAUCAACCUGCCCAAAUUCAUUGCAAACUCGCCGCAAUUACCGCGCAAUAGAGUUUAAUGAAGGGUAACUUGAUGUGCUGUUGACUGUACCUAACUUUUGAAAUCAUUCCGGAAUGAUUGAAAUAUAUUUUUGCAUGACGUUGGAACAAACAUAACAAUAUGUUUUAUUAUUGCUGGCAAUACAAUAAAUGAGAACAAGUAUUUUUUUUAAUCAUGAAAAUUAUUACUCUUUAAAUUUGAUUGUAAAUGACAUGGUUUUUUGACGCUAAUAUAAAAUAAAUUGUGUAGAAUAGAUUCAGUACGAAAUAGUCUUCAAAGUUCUAUCCAACCAUUAAAAAAUCCAAUUUUUUUUUCUGUAUUGUAAAAUUGUAUUUUAACUUCUUCAUAUUAUUAUCAAAAGUUAAUUGCUGAAAAAAAACAUGUCAUUUCGGAAAAUAAAUUCAUUCAAUGCACUUAUAAAAUCCCAACAAUGAAAUUUUAGUUUUCUACUAUACUGAUAUUGUUUUUUUUUUGUUUUUAACUCCAAAUAUUUUUCACUGGUCUCACUGCCGUGACAAAACAUGUAGUAAUCCUGUCGUGCUAAAUUUAUUUGAUUUCGCCUAAUCAUCGAUAUAACUUUUCGGUUUAAAUUGAAAAAAAAAAAAAUCUACAUAAAAAGUACUUGUCAUGGCGUUUAUCCAUUGAAAUAAUAAAAUUUGGAGUUUUAUAUGUAGUGAGUACUAUUUAUAUGUUGGAUUAAGUAAAAUAGAGAAAAAUAUUGAAAAAAAAUCUGAAAAAUUA